GGUCAAACAACAUUUGACCCAGCCCUCAACCCUCGCCGGAGAAGAUGGCCGGAGCUCCGUUCAACUCGCUUCCACUCUACACCGCCGCCACCACCACUGCCAACCCACCACCCCCAACACCACCCGAACCCCCCACCACCACCCUUAACCCCACCCCCACCAUCCCCACGCCCCACCAACCCCAACCCCAACACCCACCACCACUCACACCCACCACCACCACCACUGCCGCCACCUGCUUCCGCCUGUUAUGCCACUCCUCCCGCAUUGGCGGCGUCAUCGGUAAAUCCGGUUCUGUUAUCAAACACCUGCAAAACGCCACUUCAGCCAAGAUACGUAUCGAUCACGCGCCGCAGGGAUCGGAGUAUCGUAUCAUAAACGUCAUGGCGGAUUCUUUAAUAACCAAAACGAUGUCGUUUGAUGAAGAAUGUGAUGAGGAAACUUAUAGUAAUAAUAAUGAGUAUACUGAGGUUUCGGAUGCACAAGAGGCGUUGGUUAGGGUUUUUGAGAGGAUUUUAAGUGUUGCUGCUGAAAGUGAUGGGUGCUAUAAUGCGCCUGGGGGUGUAGUGUCUUGUAAGUUGUUGAUGAAUAAGAUGGUUGUUGGGUGUGUGAUUGGGAAAGGUGGGAAAGUUGUGGAGAAGAUUAAGAGGGAUACUGGGUGUAAUAUUAGGGUUUUAAGUCAAGAAAGAUUGCCCGGUUGCGCGAAAUCCGUCGAUGAAAUGAUUGAGAUUGAGGGUCGUGUUGUAGCGGUUAAAAGGGCGCUUAUUGCCGUUGCUCGUCGGGUUCAAGAUUGUCCUCCUCCAGACAAAGCAAGGGUGGCUUUUGGUAAACCCGACAACAGGUUGCAAAAUGGGCACAUGGAUCGUUACCCUCAAGCGAGGCCGCACAAUGGGUUCAACCCCAUGUUGCCAAACAGGCAUGUGGAUCAUUUUUCUUCAGCAAGACCUCAAAACGGGUUCAAUCCAUUAUUGCCAAACAGGCACAUGGAUCAUUUCCCUCUAGUCCAAGAACCCGCACCAACCAUCUCUGGUAAUUACGCUUCGGGAGGUCGGGGUUUUGGACAAUUAGGCGGUGAAACGUCUUCAACUAGAAGUUUUCAGAAUCAGCAAAUAAUAGCUUUUAGAAUGCUUUGUUCCGGUGAUCUUGUAGCCGGUGUGAUAGGCAAUGGAGGGACAAUCGUUCGUGCAUUUGAAAAUCAAACAGGUGCUUCUAUAAGCAUCGCGUAUCCGGUACCUGGUGUUGAUGAUAGGCUAAUCACUAUAACCGCGAACGAGAGCCCAGAGUCACAGAACUCAGCUGCACAAAACGCUGUGAUUCUUGUUUUCGGUAGGUGUGUGGAGAUGGUGUAUGCAAAGGGGCCAGACUCACCAUCAUCAGGAACAUCUGUUUGUGCUAAACUUGUGAUUCCGAAUUACCAAACGGGUUGUCUGUUGGGCAAAGGUGGUUCCGUAAUGGAGGAUAUGAGGAAAGUUACGGGUGCUUUUAUAAGGAUCGUUAGUGGCAACAACUUCCCGGGAUGUGCUUCAGAGACUGACGAAGUAGUUUUGAUGAAAGGAGAGUUUGUAAACGUACGGGAUGCUUUGUAUAGUGUCACUACCAGGCUGCGAAACCACCUCUUCACUAGCCGCAAUAAAACUCACAGGCGAACAAUCGGUCAACCCACUUUCGAAUCGCAUUCUUCCUUAACGCAAAGUAUGGAUAACCUCAGACUGUCCAAUAAUGUAGAUCAUUCUUCAUCAUCUGGGCCAUGGCAAUCUCAGGCAGGAGCUAGAAAUACGAUGAACGGACACGAUGUUGAUAGAGGAUCGACUUCUGGUAAAGGUGGCAGUGGCAUUGAACUUGGCAGAGGUGGUAGAUCUGCUAUCAUCACAAAUACAACUGUUGAAAUUAUGGUUCCUGAGAAUGACAUCGGGUGCGUUUAUGGGGAGAAUGGAAGCAAUCUGACUCGUUUAAUACAGAUUUCUGGUGCAAAAGUUGUGGUUCAUGAACCCGGUUCAAGAAAUGGCGACUAUGUAAUUGUCAUCUCAGGUACCCCUGAUCAAACACAGUCAGCUCAGAGCCUCCUUCAAGCAUUCAUGCUUGCAGACCAACAUUGACAUGAAGGGCAAGAUUGUAAUUACGAGCUUGAAUUCAUUAAUGCUUUUAAAUACUUGAUGAGUUUUGAGCCUCCUUUUGAUGCUAAGAAUGUAUAGCAUUAAUCAUCUUGAACCAAAAAAAUGAUUGGUGGUUGGUUAUGUGAUCCUUCUCGUGAAGGUGAUAUUGAUGAUUGGUUUAUUUUCUCUACAUUUUUUUUAUUUAGGAUGAAAAAAAUAUUUAUUUAUUUA